AUGGAAAAUCCGUCACCACUCUUCAUCUUCCAAAUUAUCUUAUUCCUUCUCACCCAAUCACUUCUUGCCACAUCACACUCUCCAAACCCCACUCCCGUUUCCUUCUCCGUCACCGAAUUCGGAGCAACCGGAGACGGUGUCCACUACGACACCUUAUCAAUCCAAUCCACCAUCGACUCAUGUCCGUCCGGUCUCCCCUGCCGCGUCACCUUCCCAGCACCGGGGAAGUACCUAACAGCAACCAUAUUCCUAAGAUCCGGCGUGAUCCUAAACGUGGAGACAGGUGCCACCAUCCUCGGUGGCACGAAACUGGAAGACUAUCCAAAGGAGUCGUCGAGGUGGUACGUGGUACUGGCGGAGAACGCGACGGAUGUUGCAAUUGAAGGCGGCGGCGUGGUGGAUGGACAGGCGGAGAAAUUCGUUGUGAGAUAUAAUCCGAGGAAGAAUGUAAUGGUGAGCUGGAAUCAGACUGGGAGUUGUUUGGGUGAUGAAUGCAGACCUAGACUUGUUGGAUUUCUUGGAUGCAAAAAUGUGAGAAUCUUCAACAUUACUCUUAAUCAACCUGCUUAUUGGUGCUUACACUUGGUGCGGAGUGAAAACAUAUCCGUUCGUGAUAUUGCAAUUUAUGGAGACUUGAAUAUACCAAACAACGACGGAAUUGACAUUGAGGACUCAAACAACACGGUAAUCACUCGAUGCCACAUUGAUACAGGAGAUGAUGCAAUCUGUCCAAAGUCAUCCACUGGCCCUGUUUACAAUUUAACAGUCACUGAUUCUUGGAUACGAUCCAAAUCUUCUGCAAUCAAACUAGGCAGUGCUAGUUGGUUUGAAUUCAAGCAUUUUGUCUUUGACAAUAUCACUAUUGUUGAUUCUCAUAGAGGGCUUGCAUUCCAGAUCCGCGAUGGAGGAAAUGUCGAUGACAUUGUCUUCUCAAACAUAAAUAUAAGCACUAGAUACUAUGAUCCAUUAUGGUGGGGUAGAGCUGAGCCUAUCUAUGUCACAACUUGUCCAAGAGACUCAACCUCAAAAGAGGCUUCAAUCUCAAAUGUCCGUUUCAUCAACAUCACAGCAAAUUCUGAAAACGGAAUCUUUCUCUCUGGUUCAAAGAGAGGAUUGUUAAGAAACUUGAGCUUCAUCAACAUGAACAUUACUUACAGAAGGUUCACCGGUUACGCUGGUGGGUUGUUGGACUAUAGGCCAGGAUGCCAAGAAUUGGUUAAACACAAGACUGCAGGGUUUAUGAUGGAACACAUUGAAGGUCUUGAGGUUAGAAAUGUAGAAAUGAGAUGGGAAAAUAAUGAAAUUGAGCAGUGGAACAAUCCUAUGGAGUUUAAACCGUCUACUGUGAAUAACAUCUAUUUCUCUAAUUUUAAUUCUGUUUUGUAUUCAAAUAGUAAAUCAAGUUGA